UACCCUCUGUUCCAUAUGACAGCCCUUCAGAGACUUGAAGACAGUGUGUGACUCUCCCUUGAGUUAAGAGCACAAGCUGAGUCAGACCGACCAGAGUGACAAGCCCAGCUCCACUCCCUCACAGCUGGGAGAGCCAAGCUGUCUGAAUGGCCUGGAGCCUCGCUGUCAAAUCCUAGCCCUGUGGCAGGGACACUGGUUGACAGAUUUCCCUCCAGGUCUCUGACACUGGGAUUUUCUUGCCAGUUGGGCUUCAGCAGGAUCCCUGAUAUCAUCACGCUAGGGGCUCCCUCCACACUAUCCUGUGGCCAUGGCAGAUAUGUCAAUAUCUUUGCAUUCAUUGCGAUUCAACAAUAUGCUGAGGGAGGAAAAUGACAACCCAAACAAGGGGAUGACCUUCUCUGGACCAAUGAUAGAGACCACAGAAGAGGUACAAAUUCUGCAUUCCCAUGUACAGCCUGUAGUCUCAACUUCAGUGUCAGACCCUAGAGGGAUGUCCACACAGCUGAUGACAUACCCAGACUUUGACCCCAUGUCCACACCUCUAAUGGGAGUACCAGACUCUGGAGAAUUGUGCCCACCACUAUUGCCAGACUCAGACUCUGAGGAACUGUCUCCAUUGCUAACACCAGCUUCAGAUUCGGAGGCACUGUCCCCAUUGCUAAUGCCAACCUCAGAUUCUGCGGCACUGUCCCCAUUGCUAAUGCCAGUCUCAGAUUCUGGACCACUGUCCCCGUUGCUGUCCACUUCAGACUAUGGACUUAUGUCCCCAGGGCUGAUGACAAUUCCUGACUUUGGAACAAUGUCCACAACACUAAUGGCAGCACCAGAUUCUGCAGAGAUAUCACCAUUGGCAAUGCCAAUUCCACCUUCUGGAAUGAUGGCUACACCAUUGAUGCGUGCUCCAGACCCUGGAGAGGUGUCCCCACCCUUAAUGCCAGAUAUAAACCCUGGGGUGAUGUCCACACAGCCAAUGUCAGCUCCAGGCUCUGAAGCAAUGUCACCAUUGCAAAUUACAGAUGAAGACACUGAAGCAAUGUCCAAAGUGCUAAUGACUGCCCUGGCCUCUGGAGAGAUAUCUUCACUAAUAAUGUCAGGCACAGAUGUUGAAUCUAUAUCCUCACUAAUAAUGUCAUCCCUAGCUUCUGGAGCAACGUCAACCCAUCCAACCAGCACCCAAGACUCUGGGGAAAUGUCGAACCAACUGAUGUUAGGCCCAGACUCUGAAGUAGUGUCUUCAGAGCUAAUGUCAACUCCCGGCUCUGGAGCAAUGUCCACACCACUCCUGUCAAGUCCAGAUGCUGGUGAACUGUCCACAUUGCCAAAGCCAGCCCAAGAUGCUGAAGCACUGUCCCCACUGCUAAUGACAGCCCUAACAUCUGGAGCGAUGCACCCACAGUUAACACAACAUCUAGGUGCUGAAAGCAUGCCUACUCCACAGAUGAGAGCAACAGCCUCUGGGGGGAUGGCCACACUGCCAGCGAGAGCCUCAGACCCUGGAGCAAUGUCCACCGAACUGAUGACGGUCACCACCUCUGGAACAACAUCCAUGGAGCGAAUGUCAACUGCAGCCUCUACAGUGGUGUCCACACAGGUAACAACGGCCAGAAGUUCUGAAGGAAGAUCCACAGGAUUUUUGAAAGCCACCACCAAUGGGGCAAUGUCCACACCACAAGUAAGAGCCCCAGCUUCUGGAAUUAUGUCUAUGCUGCAAAGGAGAGCUCCAGAUUCUGGAGCUCUAGCCACACAGCCAGUUACUGCCCCAGCCGCUGAAACAAUUCCCAUGCUACAACGGACAGCCCCAACCUCUGGGUUAAUAUCCACACUACAAAUAAGAGCUCCUGUCUCUGGAGCAAUGUCCAUGCCACAAAGGAGAGCUACAGCCUCAGCAGUGACAGCUGUACCACAAACGAGAACCCCAGCCUCUGGAGCAAUGUCCACCCCACUGAUGACAGCCAAAGCCUCUGGAGCAAUGUCUGCACUGUUCACGAGAGACACAGUCUCAGGAGUGAUGUCCACGCCACAAAUGAGAGCUAUGGCCUCAGGAGCAUUGUCCAAGCCACCAACAGCAUCCACAUCCUCAGAAGCAAUGUGUAUGCAGCAAGUGAUGACUGCUGCUUCUGGAGAGAUAGCCACAAUGCUAAUGAGAGACACAGCUUCUGGAGCCAUGUCCAUGCCUCAGAUGACAGACACCCCCUCUGCAGGGAUGUCCACACCACACAAGACAACCUCAGCCUUUGCAAAUGUGUCCGUGCCUCUAAGGAGAGCUCCAGGCACUGGAGCAAUGUCCACAGUACUAAUGAAAGCCACAGCCCCUGGAAAGAUGGCCCGGCAGCCAAUGAGCACCCAAGACACUGGAGGGAUGUCCAGGUCACUCAUGAGAUCUAUCACCUCUGGAGGGAUGGCCCCACUGCAGAUGCAAGCCUCAGAUGCUGAAAUGGUGUCCACACCAAGAAUGAGAGCCCCAGCCUCGGGGGUAUUGUCCACAUCACUAAUGAGAGCCUCAGACCCUGGAGAGAUGAGACCCCCAGAACUUGGAGAGAUGUCCUCACUGCUCAUAAGAGCUUCAUCCUCUGGAGAAAUGUCCCCACCACUAAUGAGACCCCCAGCUUCUGGAGAGAUAGUCACACCUCUGAAAACCCCAGCUUGUGGAGUGAGGUCUACUCCACAAAUGACAACCACAGCUUCUGGAGGGGUUUCCAUGCCACAAAUGAGGGCUCCAGUCUCUGGAACCAUGUUCACACCGCUCAUGAGAUCCACAGCCUCUGGAGUGAUGUGCAUGUCUCAAAUGACAGCCACGGCCUCUGGAGGGGUGUCCAUACCACUGAUGAGAACCCCAACCACUGGAGCAGCAUCCACACCACAAAUGAUUCCCAUGGCUUCUGGAGAGAUGUGCCCACUGUCGAUGCAAGCUCCAACUUCUGGAGCGAUGUCCCCACCAUUAUUAAGGGCUCCAGACUCUGGAAUUAUUUCCACACCACUAAGGAGACCCUCAGCCUCUGAAGAUGUGUCCACAAAGUUAAUGAGAGCUCCAGCCUCUGGAAAGAUGUCUACCGGACAAAUUACAGCUGUGGCCUCUAGAGGGAUGUCCAAAACAUUUAGGAAAGCCACAGACUCUGGAACAAUCCCCAUGCCAUUGAUGUCAGCAAUGGCUUCUGGAGAGAUGUCUAUGCCACUAAUGAAUAGCAUGGCCUCUGGGGCAAUGUCAGCACUGCAAACAAGAGUCGCAAGUUCUGGAUCUAUGCCCUUGCCACAAAAAACAUAUUCAACUUCCAGAGGGAUACUUGCAUCACCAAUGAGAGCCUCAGCUUCUGGAGCAAUGUCCACACCACCUAUGAGAGCCACAGCCUUUGGAGAGAUGUCCACACCACUAAUGAGGACCCAAGACCUGGGAGCCAUGUCCACACCACAAAUGGCAGCCGCAGCCUCUGGAAUGAUGUCCAGUCUGGACAUCAAAGCAACAGAUUCUGGAGAAACAUCUGCCUCUCACAUCAACAUCACGGCCUCUGGAUCAAAGUCCACACCACACGUGACUGCCAUAACCCCUGAAACAAUGAACCCACCACCAAAGGAAGUUCCAUCCUUUGGCAUGCUGACCCCAGCACUCUGUUACCUCUUAGAAGAGCAAGAAGCAGCCCGGGGUUCAUGCUCUGAGGAGGAAGAGAUGGAGAUUGAUGAGGAGAAGCAAAUGAAAGGAUUUUUGGAUGAUUCAGAGAAAAUGGCGUUUCUGGUGUCUCUUCAUCUGGGGGCAGCAGAAAGGUGGUCCAUCUUGCAGAUGGAGGUAGGAAAACCCCUCUCAGAUGAAAACAAGUCUUUCCUGAGACGAUCACAGGGCUUAUAUGACUCUCUCUCUGACAUAGACAUCCUCAGUGCUGUUCUUUGCCAUCCCAAGCAGGGCCAGAAGUCAGUCAGGCAGUAUGCCACUGACUUCCUGCUGCUGGCUCGACAUUUGUCUUGGUCUGAUGCCAUUCUACGGACCAGGUUUCUGGAAGGACUCUCGGAAGCUGUUACCACAAAAAUGGGCAGGAUCUUCCUGAAGGUGGCCGGCAGCCUAAAGGAGCUGAUAGACAGGUCUCUCUACACCGAGUGCCAGCUGGCUGAAGAGAAGGAUUCCCUGGGCAGCUCCAGCCAGGUUCUGCCGUCAGCCUGUAAGCGGAAUAAUGAGGAGGCAAUGGAGAAUGAACAGAACUCUCAUCAGACUGAGGAGCACCAGCAUGCUCCCAAACGCUGUUACUACCUGAAAGAGCAUGGAGACCCCCAAGAAGGUCUGCACGACCACCUUCGACAAAGCACAGGCCAUUGGAAGGCCCCCACCAACAAAUAAUGUUUCCUGGACUCUUCUGUGAUAUUUGACUCGGCUGCUAACUUGAGGACUGGUUCCUGGACCCAUUCCAUUCAAUUACAUCAUAAACCUUGUGGCCUUCCCCUUCAGCCUCCCCCUCCAGGCACAUCCCACCCUACCUUCCACUUGGCUGAUUGGCCUUUUCUUUCACCCCAUAUGCCUGUGACCUGCCCAGACAACCAGAGUGUGGAAUUCAAGAGUGUUUGGUGUAUGAGGUUCCGAACUCCCAUCACCAUUGAAGUCCGUUUUAGUUCUUGGUUCGGGAAGAUGUUUAGGCAGGAGAAACCAUAUCCAACCUCAAAACACUUUAGAGUGUCUUGCCACGUGUCAUCAGGCAAAUUUCAGGAUAUUCUGGUACCCAUUUUACCUGGCAGGAGAGCCUAUAAGGAGAGUGAUGUCCACUCUUAUACAACCGUUUUCACCCGUAGACUUGCCCUUAUAUGCCCCAACUCAUAACAUCUAAAGUGGGUCUCCAAGGUUCUUGCCCUGUUUAUAGUCUCCAUCCUGAACCAUUUGUUUUGACCCAUAGUAAUAAUCGUAGUAAUGGAUAACACUUGUUGAUUAUGUACUCUGUGACAGGCACUGCACUAAAUCUUUGACAAGCACCAUCUCACUACAUUCUUACCAUAACCCAACUUGUUCUUGUGUUGUCACCUUCUGACCUCUUAAUCUGUUGUGUGUAGCUCUUGUCUUGUCCUUCAGUGUCAAAUCUCUAGCUCUGACCUCUGGGUGACCCCCUUAGUUGUUAGUUGCUCUCACUGCCCUUGGCUAUUGUGCUUCAUGGCCAGCACUCUUGAUAAGGGUCUUGGUCUUUUAACAGGCAUAGAUAGAACAUAAUAUGAGCAGUGUUUGCCUUCAGGUGGUGGAAUUAUGGGUGUUUUUAUUUCCUUCUUUCUACUUCUCUGUACUUUCCAGAUUCUCUACAGUG